AUGGAGGUAACGGCACAGCAGCUCAAGGGUUUCGAUGGCUCGGACCCAAGCAAGCCCAUCUACAUCGCGAUCUGGGGGACGAUCUACGACAUAACAUCCGACAAGGGAUUUUACGGACCCGGCGGCUCCUACGCCGUCUUCUCCAGCUGGGAGGUGAGCUGGGCGCUGGCCAAGAUGAGCAAGAGCGAGGAGGACGUCUGCGGCAACCUCGACGGCCACUCCGACAAGGAGAUGGGCAUCCUUCAGGACUGGGAGAAGAAGUUCCAGGCCAAAUAUCCCGUCGUCAGCCACCUCGCCUCUUGAAAUCCCUUUCGAUCCUAGCAUGAAAGAUGCGAACUUUCUACUUAUUGAGGUCUGAUUUCAUGUGCCUACUGUCGAUUAAUAUUUUAUCUUGUUUGAUCACGA